ACCCUUGAGUGACGCACAGGUGCAGAAGGGCAUCAAAAAUUACCCCGUCAGUCACAACUCACAACCAGUCACCAAACCCUAAAAGAUUUCAUCUCCUCUAACAACAACAUUUCUUCCCUCCGUUCAGUAUCUUGCUCGCAAUGGCUUCUGCUCGUAUCAGAUCAGGCCUCCCUCUUCUCAACAGGAUUUUGAGAUCUGAUUCUCUAUCUACUCAACGAUCGGCUAUUCAACGCUCCGUCUUGACCCCUGCUUUCACCGCAUCUCAGCCCUCAAAAAAUCUCAGCACUUCAACUGCGCAGAAGGAGGAGAAAAUCAAGUUGCCUAUCACUUUAUACGGGGGAACUGGAAACUAUGCCUCUGCUUUGUUCGUAGCGGCCAAAAGGUCUAAGGUGCUGGAUCAGGUUGAGUCUGAAAUUCUUGACCUCAUUGCGGCUUCAAAGAAAAGCCCAAAAUUUUCUCAGUUCUUGAAGGACUUGUCAGUGCGAGCUGAUACUAGAGUCAAAGCCAUUAAUGAAAUUUGUGCUACAGCAAAAUUUUCGGAAAUCACGAAGAAUUUCUUGGUUAUAGUGGCUGAGAAUGGGAGGUUAAGUUACUUGGAAAGCAUUGUAAAUAAAUUCAAGCAGCUGACCAUGGCAGACAAGGGGAUAAUAAAAGCUAUUGUCACAACUAUCAUGCCCCUACCCCCGCAAGAGGAAAAGGAAUUGAAGGAAACACUGCAGGAUAUUAUUGGUCAGGGGAAGACCGUCGAGGUUGAACAAAAGAUUGAUCCUAGUAUUCUUGGGGGGAUUAUGAUAGAGUUUGAGCAGAAGUUGUUUGACAUGUCCAUAAGAACUAGGGCGAAGCAGAUGGAGAGGUUCCUGCGUGAGCCUGUGGACUUUGAUGCCCUCUGAAAGGUGCCACACCUAAUAACAUCCAAGUUUUCCAGGUUACCUCUGGACCAAUUUCUAUCAAUGCGCCAUGAAGGAAAAGUUAUCUGUAUUUCUUGUUUGGAUUUGUUCACCUGUACGACACCCUUUUGACAUGGGAUGUUCGCAAAUAAAAAUCUGUGCAGGCAAUCAUUAAUACACCUUUACUUUCUUGCUGA